AUGUUUCUCCAGGCGCAUGGGUUCGAGACCUCAGUUGACAUCGCCCGCCGACAAACCUACAGCCUAGCAUCUGUAGCAGGCCAAAAACGCCCAUUCAAAACAGAGGGGCCAUUUGUGAAAGGGGAAGCUGAUCAUAGUCAUCAAGACAAUAUUGAAGCUCGCCGAGGUUUACGAGAGGAAAUCUUGGAGUCGACCCCUCUGGAGUCAGCUCAAGACCUGUUGAGCCGUUCGGUAACUCGAUUUACCGCGAGUGCCAUCCACCCUGGAGCGGGCGCACCAACAGAAGACGAGCGCCCCCGCGCCGCAAGUGUACCUCCUGGUUCAAGCCACAAUCCUCUGCUAUCGCUGGCAAAUCCCAAAUAUGGUCUUCCUGCCGCCCUGAUCAAUAAUUUUCGGGACCUAGGCGUGGAUACUAUUUAUGCUUGGCAGGCGUCCUGCCUGUUGGCCCGAGGAUUGCUUUCCGGCGAACGGCACCUGGUAUACACAGCCCCUACAGGUGGAGGCAAGUCACUAGUGGCCGAUGUCCUACUGCUGAAACGCAUCAUCGAGAAUCCCACCCGCAAAGCCAUUUUGGUCUUGCCGUAUGUGGCUUUGGUCCAGGAAAAACUGAAAUGGAUGCGCCGACUUGUUGAGGGCGUGGAGAAAUUGGUCCCAGAUGAGGAUGACGAUUGUACCUCUUUCUCUCGUAAGCGGUGGAAGAAGAUACAGAAGAGUAUUCGCGUGACUGGAUUCUUCGGAGGCAGUCGCGUGACGACUACCUGGGCGGAUACCGACAUCGCAAUUUGUACAAUAGAAAAGGCCAACUCAUUGAUCAACACUGCAAUUGAAGAUUGUAGCAUUGGCAAUCUAGGUGUUGUGGUACUGGACGAACUGCACAUGCUUGACGAUGAACACCGAGGUUACCUGUUGGAAUUGAUGGUCACCAAGCUAUUAUUGCUACAGCAAAACAUACAGAUUGUGGGGAUGAGCGCAACCCUUUCCAAUACGGAGAUGCUAGCCCAGUGGAUGCAUGCUAAAUUCUUCAUCUCCACCUACAAACCAGUGCCAGUUGAUGAAUACUUGGUCUAUGAAGAUGCGAUCUACCCUGCAGCAACCUCGAGACAGUUGUUACAAACAGCAUCAAAAUUGACUAGCGCAAACGCAAACUCUGUCCAUCAUACAAUACCUCCGCAUCGGACGAUUGAAAAAUCCCAACAUAAAGAAUUGGCUAACUCUGCGACAAAUUCCUUGAUAGCAUUGGCAGUCGAGACGGCAGUUGCAGGCUUUGGAGUUUUGGUAUUUUGUGGAAGUCGUUCAGCAUGUCAGGUUCAAGCAGCGAUAAUCAGUGAAGCCAUGCCACCCCCAGAGGAUGUGGAAGAAUUGAGUAAAAGGCUUGAUCUUCUUGCUGAUCUGAGGAGCCUUGCAUGUGGACUGGACCCAGUCCUUGAAAAGACGGUACUCAAAGGAGCGGGUUUCCAUCAUGCUGGAAUGACGACCGAAGAAAGGGAGCUGAUUGCAGCGGCUUAUGACUCGGGCGUGCUCAGGGUUCUCGUGGCGACAUGUAGCCUCGCUGCCGGUGUAAACCUACCAGCUCGUCGAGUGAUUAUUAACGGCGCCCGCAUGGGUCGAGACUUGGUAGGACCGGCGAUGCUUCGCCAGAUGUGUGGACGUGCCGGGCGCAAGGGCAAAGACGAGGCCGGAGAGACGUACUUGAUCUGCGUCAAAGCUGAUAUGGAAGCGGUAUGUGACCUAUUGGAUGCCGAUAUGCCUGCGAUAGAGAGCUGCUUGGCCCCCGAAAAAAAGGGGUUGAAAAGAGCUCUCCUUGAGGCGGUCGCUAGCGGGUUAGUGUCUGGGUGCGAUGCGAUCAAAGAGUACGUGCGAUGCACACUCUUGUACCGCACCGUAGAUAAAAAGCUCGCAUACAGCAUCAUGACAUCUGCUUUACAAGAACUCAUUGACGAGGGAUUGUUGCUGUACAAAGACGAUGAAUCUUACGAGGCCACUUUAUUAGGCCAAGCGACCGUGGCAUCUGCCUUUGCCCCCGAGGACGGUCUCUUCGUCCAUGAGGAGCUUAAGCGAGCUUUGCAGGCCUUUGUCAUGGAUGGCGACAUGCACAUAUUCUACAUGUUCACACCUUUGCAAGCGGCUAUGGAUACGCAAAUUGAUUGGCAAAUAUUCCGAGACCAGCUAGAUCAUAUCGAUGAUAGCGGUCUUCGGGCAUUGCAAUUCGUCGGAGUCCACCCAGGUUUCGUUAACACGAUGGUCCAAUCUGGCGCAUCAUUAAAAGAAUCUACUCCGUCACAAAUCAAUCAGGCCCGCAUCUACCGUCGUGCGUACGCUGCUUUUCAGCUGCGUGACAUUAGCAACGAGGUUCCUCUGUCGACGAUUGCAUCACGGUACAAGAUCCCUCGUGGCACCGUCCAAACCCUAGCUCAGCAGUGCCAUGGAUUUGCCGCUGGCAUCGUCAAGUUUUGCCAGCGCAUGAACUGGGGCAUGAUGGCCGCCGUGCUGGACCACAUGCGUGACCGUCUCGAAGCGGGCGCCCGCGCUGAUUUGCUUGAAAUGGCGCAGGUGACCUUCGUCAAGAGCUGGACAGCACGCCUGCUGAGAGAAAAUGGGUUCAAAAACUUGAGAGCCCUCGCCGAGGCUGACCCAAAGGAUCUGGUUCCUGUCCUUAUGAUGAUCAACCCUGGCAAAGCCCAGAAGAGCCAGCUCUACCCCACAGAGGCAGAACGGUACGCUGCCAAGCUGUUAGCAAAAGCGGAAAUUAUCGUGGACUCUGCGAACAAGAUCUGGGAACGAGAAAUGCAAGUCGAAAUAGAUGCAUGA